CCGGAAAGUUGUGGGGGGCGGUCCGUACUCAUACACGAUUCUGGGUAAACAAUGGCUGAGGCGAUUUCGAGAGCGCUGAGUCUCGACAAGCCAGCCCAACAACAUGGCUUCUCGGCAAAUGACCAUGUCCGGGAGAAUGCCCCAGCAUCUACUUGGACAUCAGAGGCCGAUGUAGUCGGCGAGAUGCACACCGUUGAUCAUGAGAAGCGCCCGGAAAAGUCUCGGACGUCGUCAGACUCGUAUGGCCUCCAAAGGACGGCGUCUGGCGUCGAUGUCGAGCGUGCACAGAAGGAAUUUGCAGAGCUGAAUAGAGAAUUCAGCUCCAUCAGCCGUCGCAUGUCGCGCUCGCAGUCGAGACCUUCCGUGGCCAAGGGAAAGGAUCUGGAGAAGGCCAUCAGCUCUUCCGACUACACAUCUGAACAAGGAUUCGAUCUCGAGGCAACCCUUCGGGGCAACCGUGAGGCUGCUGUUGCUGCAGGCAUCAAGUCGAAGUAUAUUGGGGUUGUUUGGGACAAUUUGACCGUCCGUGGUAUCGGCGGGGUGAAGAAUUUUGUCAAAGUCUUUCCGGACGCCUUCAUCGAUUUUUUCAAUGUUCCUGGAACCAUCAUGUCGAUCUUGGGCUAUGGAAAGAAGGGCAAAGAAUUCAAUAUUCUAAAGACUUUCCGGGGGGUCGCAAAGCCGGGAGAAAUGGUUCUCGUUCUCGGUCGUCCGGGAAGCGGAUGUACAACGUUUCUUAAAGUGAUUGCCAACCAGCGCUACGGUUAUACUGGCAUCGACGGCGAGGUACUUUACGGUCCCUUUGACUCGUCGACAUUUGCCAAACUAUAUCGAGGAGAGGCAGUGUACAACCAAGAAGACGACAUUCAUCACCCGACCUUGACUGUGGGCCAGACACUUGGCUUUGCCCUCGACACCAAAACACCGGGGAAGCGACCACUUGGGAUGAGUAAAGCUGAAUUCAAAGACCGAGUUAUUCAUUUGCUUCUCAAGAUGUUCAACAUUGAGCAUACCAUCAACACAAUCGUGGGAAACCCGUUCAUGCGUGGUGUCUCAGGCGGCGAGCGAAAACGAGUUUCAAUCGCUGAGAUGAUGGUGACCGCAGCCACGGUCUGUGCUUGGGAUAACAGCACCCGUGGCCUUGAUGCUUCCACCGCAUUGGACUACGCCAAGUCGCUCCGGAUCAUGACCAACAUCUACAAAACUACGACCUUUGUCUCCCUGUAUCAAGCAUCCGAGAACAUCUACAAGCAAUUUGAUAAGGUGAUGGUGAUUGACCAGGGAAGACAGGUCUUUUUCGGCCCGGCCAAAGAAGCAAGAGGAUACUUUGAAGGACUAGGAUUCCUCGAGAAACCACGGCAAACGACACCCGACUACCUCACCGGUUGUACUGACGAAUUCGAGCGCGAAUACAAACCUGGCAGAUCUUCAGAGAACGUACCUUCAACGCCUGACGCUCUGGUGUCGGCAUUCAAUGAUUCAUUAUAUGCCGAGAAACUGUCGAAGGAGAUGACAGCCUAUCGAGAGUCGAUCCGCGAAGAGAAACAAAUCUACGACGACUUUGCAGCAGCACACCGAGAGGCUAAGCGGAAACAUACCCCCAAGAAUUCAGUCUACUCAGUUCCCUUUUACAUGCAGAUCUGGGCAUUAAUGCAGAGACAAUUCCUCAUCAAGUGGCAGGACAAAUUCUCCUUGGUUGUUUCGUGGGUCACUUCGAUUGUCAUUGCCAUUGUCGUCGGCACCGUUUGGUUGGACCAACCCAAGACUUCAGCAGGUGCCUUCACUCGUGGUGGUGUCUUGUUCAUUGCAUUACUCUUCAACGCCUUUCAAGCCUUUUCCGAACUCGCAUCUACCAUGCUUGGGCGGCCGAUCGUUAACAAGCAUCGAGCAUACACCUUCCAUCGUCCUGGAGCACUCUGGCUGGCGCAAAUUUUGGUCGACUUGUGUUUUGCCUCGGUUCAGAUCUUUGUCUUCUCUGUUAUUGUGUACUUCAUGACUGGCCUCGUCAGGACACCAGGCGCAUUCUUCACCUUUGUGCUAAUCAUCAUUUCCGGCUACCUGUCCAUGACAUUGCUGUUCCGUACCAUCGGCUGUUUAUGUCCGGAUUUUGACUACGCCAUCAAAUUUGCUGCUGUCACCAUUACUUUGUUUGUAAUCACGUCGGGUUAUAUCAUCCAAUACCAGAGUCAGCAAGUAUGGUUACGCUGGAUUUUCUACAUCAAUGCGCUCGGGUUGGGUUUUGCAGCAAUGAUGAUGAACGAGUUCGAGAGAUUGACCAUGCGCUGUACGGCGGAGUCGCUCAUCCCCGCUGGACCGGACUACAACAACAUCGAUCAUCAAGUCUGUACUCUGCCAGGCUCUGUAGCAGGGUCCAACGAAGUCUCGGGUAGCGCCUAUGUCAAGACUGGCUUUCAAUACGACCCCAGCGAUCUCUGGCGCAAUUGGGGAAUCAUCGUGGUGCUAUGUGCCUUCUUUCUGUUCACCAACGUCGUCUUGGGUGAGACUGUCAAGUACGGUGCUGGUGGUCGGACGGUCACUUAUUUCACCAAAGAGAAUAAGGAGAGAAAGGAACUCAACGAGAAGCUGCAGCAGCGGAAGAAACGGAGACAGACAAAGCAAGAUGCCGAUGACAGCUCGGAACUCAACAUCAGCUCCAAGGCAAUCCUUACCUGGGAGAACUUGACUUAUGAUGUACCGACCCCGUCAGGUCAACUCCGUCUCUUGAGAGACGUAUUUGGUUACGUACGCCCGGGGCAACUGACGGCCCUCAUGGGUGCAAGUGGGGCAGGAAAGACGACCCUUCUGGACGUGCUUGCGGCGCGUAAGAACAUUGGUGUCAUCGGUGGCGACAUCCUUGUCGAUGGACAGAAACCGGGCAUAAGCUUCCAAAGAGGUACCUCGUACGCCGAACAACUCGACGUGCACGAAUCGACCCAGACAGUGCGUGAAGCCCUCCGAUUCAGUGCGGACCUGCGCCAGCCAUACGAAGUACCACGCGAGCAAAAGUACGCGUACGUCGAGGAGAUCCUCUGCCUUCUCGAACUCGAAAACCUCGCCGACGCCAUCAUCGGUAGUCCAGAGAGUGGUCUGUCGGUCGAAGAGCGCAAGCGUGUGACGAUUGGCGUCGAACUCGCCGCGAAACCUCAACUGCUUUUGUUCCUCGACGAACCCACAUCCGGUCUAGAUUCGCAGUCUGCCUUCAACAUUGUCCGUUUCCUCCGCAAGCUCGCCGCAGCGGGACAAGCCAUCCUGUGCACGAUCCACCAGCCCAACAGUGCACUGUUCGAGAACUUUGACAGACUCCUGCUGCUCCAGCGAGGUGGUGAGACCGUGUACUUUGGCGACAUUGGCAAGGACGCACACGUCUUGUUGAAAUACUUCCACAAGUACGGCGCCGACUGUCCCGCCGAUGCCAACCCGGCCGAAUGGAUGCUCGACGCCAUCGGAGCCGGUAUAGCGCCUCGUAUAGGCGACAAGGACUGGGGUGAGAUCUGGCGUGAAAGUGAGGAAUUGGCGACAACAAAAUCCGAGAUCGUCGAAAUGAAGGCACGUCGACAACGCGAAGCCGCCAGCGAGGUGCGACUCGACGAAAAGGAAUACGCCAGUCCGCUCUGGCACCAGAUCAAGGUGGUCAGCUGGCGCACGCACCUGGCAUUCUGGCGGGCGCCCAACUACGGCUUCACGCGCCUGUUCAACCACGUGGCCAUCGCUUUGCUGUCGGGCUUGGCCUUUUUGCAACUCGACGACAGCCGCUCGAGUCUGCAGUACCGCGUCUUUGUCAUCUUCCAGGUCACCGUCAUUCCGGCCUUGAUCCUGGCCCAGGUCGAGCCCAUGUACGAUUUGUCACGAUUGAUCUUUUACCGGGAGUCCGCGGCGAAAGCGUACAAACAGUUCCCCUUUGCGUUCGCCAUGGUCUGCGCCGAGAUGCCUUAUAGCAUCUUGUGUGCCGUCUUCUUCUUCAUACCGAUCUAUUACCUCCCCGGCUUCAACGCGUCGUCCUCCAGGGCUGGUUACCAAUUCUUCAUUGUCCUUGUCACGGAACUGUUUUCCGUCACGGCGGGCCAGAUGAUAGCGGCCCUGACCCCCUCGAGCUUCAUUUCUAGUUUGAUCAACCCGUUUGUGGUGAUCAUCUUUGCGUUGUUCUGUGGUGUGACCAUCCCCAAACCGCAGAUCCCCGGCUUCUGGCGAGCCUGGCUCUACCAGCUCGACCCCUUCACUCGACUCGUUUCCGGAAUGGUCACGACCGAGUUGCACGGGUUGCCUGUCGUUUGCAAACCUCACGAGCUCAACGAGUUCCCUGCUCCCCCCAGACAAGACUGCGGUUCGUACAUGUCGGACUUUUUCAAGGCCGGCGGUCCGGGUUACCUCGUCAAUAACGCCACGGAUCUGUGUCAGUACUGCGCGUACAAGGUCGGGGACGAAUUCUACAAACCACUCCAGCUCAAUUUCGACGAUCGGUGGAGGGAUUUCGGCAUCUUUGCCGCCUUCAUCGCCAGUAACUUGAUCCUGUUGUUCAUCGGGUCGAGGUACUUGAAUUUCAAUAGAAGAUAAACAAAACCUCAAGGAAUGAAUCGAUUGAGUCAAUUAGUUGAUUGACUUUUUGA